UACACUGCACCACCAAAUAUCUCCUCAAUCACCUUCUCCUUCCACAGCAAACUUCCCUAUUUGCAAAUCCAACCCAAUACCUAGGACCCAUGCGCGUCGUCUCCUCCACCAAACAUAUCAAAGACGACGUCUCGCCUCCUCGACCACCGCCGGUGGCAAUGCAGGGGCACGGCAUGGCUCACUUCAUGCUCUUACCGGCUCUAGCGCUGGUGGUGGUUGCCUCCGCGUGGCUGACCCCGGCCGCCCUUGGGGACCCGCAGGCCACGCAGCUCAACCUGGGUUGCAGCACGUACAACGCCACGCCCGCGUCCGCCUUCCUCCUCGCCCUCAACUCCACAUUUGCCGACCUGCGCGCCAACCUCUCAGCUGGCGGCGGCUUCGCCACCGCAGCGGAGCCGCGCGCCGCCGCCCCGGCGUUUGCGAUGGCGCAGUGCCGCCCGUACGUCGUGGGCCGAGACUGCGUCGCCUGCUUCGACACGGCCGCCGCGCGCCUCCGCGGUUCGUGCGGCGCCGCCAACGGCGCCCGUGUCAUAUUCGACGGCUGCGUGAUCCGCUACGAGAGCGCGGCCUUCUUCGACCAGGCCACGCUCCCGGGAAACACACAGCUCUGCAACGGGUCCGCCGUGGGCGUCGGCGGCUUCGCCGACGCGGCGCGGGCUCUGGUGGCCGACCUCGCGGCGGCCGUGCCUCGCGUCCCGGGGUUCGCCGCGGCGGCCGCAAGGGGCGGCGUGUACGCGGCGGCGCAGUGCGUGGAGACGGUCGGGGAGGGUGGCUGCGCGCAGUGCCUCAAGGUGGCGGUGGGGAACAUCGACGGGUGCCCGCCCAACUCCGAUGGCCGUGCCGUGGACGCCGGCUGCUUCAUGAGAUACUCCCAUAAACCGUUCUUCCCGGCGAAUGCAACCGUGGACCUCGCCGCGUACUUGCGCUCUGGGAAAAAAUCAAGUCGGAAAGGAGCCAUCAUAGCAGGCAUUAUGGGAGGUGUAGCCUUCCUUAUUUUUAUUGGGCUAUUGACUUUCUUAUUGAUCCGGUGGUCUAGAAACCUGAGGCCUCGGAGAGAUAUACUUGGAGCAACAGAAUUACAAGGUCCAACAAGUUUCUACUAUCACGAUCUUAAGGCUGCAACCAAUAAUUUCAACGAGAAAAGCAAACUCGGAGAAGGAGGUUUUGGAGAUGUCUAUAAGGGUUUGCUGAAAAAUGGGAAAACAGUUGCAGUAAAAAGGUUGAUUGUAAUGGACACUAGCAGGGCCAAAGCGGAUUUUGAAAGUGAGGUGAAGUUAAUCAGCAAUGUUCAUCACCGGAAUCUUGUCCGGCUUCUUGGUUGCUCUCGGAAGGCCUCUGAGUUCCUACUUGUUUAUGAAUACAUGGCAAAUGGUAGCCUGGACAAGUUCCUCUUUGGCGAGAGACGUGGAACCCUCAAUUGGAAGCAGCGAUUUAACAUUAUUGUUGGCAUGGCACGUGGUCUUGCAUAUCUUCAUCAAGAGUUUCAUGUUUGUAUAAUACACCGGGACAUUAAAUCUAGCAAUGUUCUUCUUGAUGAUGACUUUCAGCCCAAAAUUGCCGAUUUUGGUUUGGCAAGGCUCCUACCUGAUGAUCAUAGUCAUUUGAGCACAAAAUUUGCAGGAACAUUGGGCUACACUGCUCCGGAGUAUGCAAUUCAUGGUCAAUUAUCAGAGAAGGUUGACACUUACAGCUUUGGUGUUGUCGUUUUGGAAAUAUUGAGUGGUCGUAAGAGUAAUGAUACAAAGCUCGAUCCUGAAACGCAGUACCUACUUGAAUGGGUCUGGAAGCUAUAUGAAAGUGACAACUUACUCGCAUUGGUGGACGAAUCACUAGAUCCGGAAGAAUAUAAGCCGGAUGAAGUAAAAAGAAUCAUGGAGAUAGCCCUUCUCUGCACUCAAUCAGCCGUUGCUGCAAGGCCAAUGAUGUCAGAAGUGGUUGUGUUGUUGUUGACAAGAAAUGAUCCGGAGCUCCAGCCCACAAGGCCCACUUUUAUUGACGCAACAAGUAGAGUGAGAGGUGAAACAUCCACCUCCAGUUCGUCUUCUGCCUCCAAGGCUACUGUAUCAGUUUCACAGGUUUCAGGCAGAUGGACUAACAAUGGAUGUACAAUGCUGACCGACGUUCCAAGAAGUUCAUUGAUGGACUCCAUUAUUUUUUGGAUGUGGCCGAGACAAACAAGCAGAAAGGUUUCAUGUGUUGCCCGUGCAUCCAUUCCCAGAACAAGAAGGGUUACUCCUCUUUAAGGACCCUUCACAGCCAUAUUUUUGCUAAUGGUUUCAUAUCCAAUUACAUUUGUUGGACCAGCCAUGGAGAGAAAGGGGUUAUAAUGGAGGAUAAUGAAGAAGAAGUUUUUGUCGGCAACUUUCCUAACCACGCUGGAUUUGGUGCCUUAGAUGAUGAUGCUGCAAUGGAAGAGCCUGAAGGAGAGGCGGCAGGUGAUGAUUCCACGGACGAUCUUGGGCAGGCACUGCGCGAUGCAUGUGAAAAUUGUGAAAGUGAGACUGAAUGGAUGAAGUUUCGGCAGAUGUUAGCGGACCACCGCAGGUUGUUGUACCCAAUAUGCGUAGAUGGUUUGAAGAAGCUUGGCAUCACUCUAGAGUUACUACAAUGGAAGGCAACGCAUGGUGUAUCUGACAAGGGAUUUGGUGAAUUACUGAAACUUUAAAAAAAAAUUCUUCAUAAGGAUAACAAGUUGCCUACCACAACAUAUGAAGCAAAACAACUUGUUUGCCCUCUAGGUUUGAAGAUAUAGAAGGUACACGCAUGUCCUAAUGACUAUAUCUUGUACCACGGUGAUGAGUACGAGAAUUUGGAUGCAUGCCCCAUAAGCGGUGCAUUGAGGUAUAAGAUCAGGAGAAACAACCUUGGAGAAGUCGAGGGGGAGCGUCCUAGGAAGAGAGUUCCUACCAAGGUCAUGUGGUACUCUCCUAUAAUACCACAUUUGAAGCGGCUAUUUAGGAACAAAGAUCAUGCUAAGUUGAUGCGAUGGCACAAAAAAGAAUGAAAGCAAGACACAAUGUUGAGACAGCCGGCUGAUGGAUUCCAGCGGAGAAAAAUAGAUAGAACUUACCUAGACUUUGCACUAGAUGCGAGAAACAUAAGGUUUGCUUUGAGUACA